UUCAGGUUUAAAACACGCCCCUCUUUGCACUGCUGGUUGAGAUAGAUCACUGCAAAUCAUGUUUUGUUCCUGAGUUAGAAGGAACUAAUUUAAUUAGGCACAAUUUUAGUUGGAGGGGUAUUUUUUAUUGUUACAGGAGUAUGACAAUCUGAAGUACGUUCAACGCAGCAAGAUUUAAUGAUAAAUCUACCUGAAAACUAAUUUGAAUGCUGCAUUGCUGUGGAUACAAAACUGGAUGCUGUUGUGUCUUGUCUUGACUUCUGUGAAUUACACCUAGCUGCCUGCAGUAAACAGGAGCUCUGACUGAGGCCAGUGGCGCUGGUGGUGAAAGAACAAACAUCUUUUCCAGCAUGAUACAGCGAAUCCAGGCAAGAAAGUUGUUUUCAUGGAACGUUCUUAAAAUUAUAAUCCUUGGGCAGCUGGUGUCUCUCUUAAUAUGUGGCACUGGUGUCACCAGUCAGUACAUGGCAGGCAACUACAAGGUGAACACACCGAUGCUACAAAGUUUCCUCAACUACUGUCUUCUUCUUCUUGUGUACACAACAAUACUGGCUUUUAGAAAGGGGGAUGAUAACCUUUGGAUGAUUCUAAAGAAGAGGUCCUGGAAGUAUGCACUGUUGGGCCUAGCUGACGUUGAGGCUAACUACAUGGUGGUGAAAGCAUACCAGUAUACAACACUGACAAGUGUCCAGCUACUGGACUGUUUCACAAUUCCUAUUGUGAUGGGCUUGUCAUGGUUUACUCUCCAUUCGAAGUACAAGGUGAUGCACUUUGUUUCUGUCCUGAUAUGUCUUUUGGGUGUUGGGGCAAUGGUUGGUGCAGAUGCAUUAGCUGGACGGGAACAAGGUGCAGGGUCAAACAAGGUGUUGGGGGAUGGCUUAGUUCUUAUUGGUGCCCUUCUGUAUGCCAUAUCCAAUGUAUCUGAAGAAUUCAUUGUGAAGAACCUGAGUCGUGAAGAGUUUUUGGGCAUGCUCGGAGUCUUUGGAACUCUCUACAGUGCAAUACAGAUGGCCAUAUUGGAACAUAAUGAAAUAGCAGAUGUUCAAUGGGAUGGAAUUGUAGUACUGCUAUACAUUGUGUUUGCCGUCUGUAUGUUUGGGCUAUACAACCUUAUGCCAGUCGUGAUUAAGAUAAGCAGUGCCACCUCCGUCAACCUUGGCAUCUUGACAGCAGACCUCUACAGCCUUUUUAUUGGGAUCUUCCUCUUUGAUUAUACUUUUUCAGGGCUCUACAUCCUGUCCUUUAUUGUUAUCAUUUCUGUAUUCCUUCUGUAUUCCAUAGUCUCAAUAGGAAUUACUGAACCUCCCCCAGUACCUCAGGUCAUCUGCACUGGCUUUGAUAACCCGGUCUUGGAGCUGGAGAGAAACAAAGAAGAUGGAGAUGAUUCUGUCCAUUUUGUCUCUGGGGAAAGUGCUGAAAUAGCUGCUGUAUGGAAAAGUAAUAUCCACUGACCUGGACCUGUCCAUCAUUCUCUUAUGAAAGCGGAUAUAACUUGAAAUGCUGCGUACAAUACUAGGGACCUUUAUUUUGAAAGUACUGUACAGAGGCAGAUGUGUGUAAAAGACAUUCGAGCAUAUAAGUUGCUCUGAAAACAUAUUUCUUUGUGAGGACAUUACUGCCACUAAUCCAAACUGUGCUCGGUGCGAAUAAAAAUGCAAAGAAAACUAUCCAUUUUAGAUAUAAAACUGAUUUUGCGUGUGACUUUCUGUGGUGAAUAUUUUAUAAGAUUUCCUGUGUAUGAAUUUAUGUUCAGUAGGGCUGCAAAGCACAGGUGAACAAAUUUAGUUUAGUUAUGAAAUGACAUUCUUACAUUAAGAGAGCAGCACAUCUCAGUUAGAAGUCAUUUUAACAAGCCAGUCCAGUUUUGUAGUAUGACCAAUGUCAUUCUUUUUAUGUUUUAACCAUGUGAAGCUGCAUUUCAUAAAGCUAUAAAAUGGUACACUUCUGGUCUUCACCCUGCAUUGUUUGUCCAUACAGCAAAUGAGACAUAGUGAUAUUCAGUUUUGGUUUCAUCAGUUUCUGGGACUUUGAUGUGCCAUGGCUUGAAGUCAGUUUUCAAGCAGCAGUACAGUUAGAGGGAGAUUGCAGGCUAAGGUCAGAUCUGCUGCAAUAGGACAUGGCCACGUUUUAUAUAACAACACAUGCAGCUUUGUGGAGAUGCUUACUUGGUUUAUUGUAUUGCAUAUGCAGAGUAAAAACUUUCAAUUUAAAACAUGUUAGAAGUAUUUAGUCGUAACAGUCUUUGCCAGUAUAUAAUUUUUCUUUCACACUAUAAUUGAACUAAUUCUGUAUUCUUAUUAUUAGCAGAUAUUUCUUUAUAGCAAAAAUAAUUGCAGCCCAUUGUGGUGUGAGUGUUAACUGUAAAAAGCAAUGUUCUACUUUGGAUAGUUUCCAUCAUUUGCUAACUCUGUAUACUCACAUGUUUUCUAGGAAGUCACUUAUUUGCAAGCUGUAUACAGACAGGUUGUAGGAGUACUGCACUGAUGUGGUGCAAUUCUGCAUAAUUACCAGGACAGGACUUGAGAAGCAGUUUCUAAAUGAAGUUGUGCAAAAUUCUGAGGGGCAUGUUGGGGGCUGGUGAUAAGGUAGUACCCAGAAAACUCAUUUGCUGUUUUGAAAAUAAACCCCUAGUACACCAGAAGAUGAUGGGCAUGAAAUAUUUUGAGACUGCAAGGUUUUGUACUACUCUGUAAGGGUUUAUAAAUUGACAUUUUUUUAAAUUUGUGUUUUUGUUUGGACCUGAGGCUAUUUUUGUUUGCUAGGGUAUCAUGACCAAUUAUAACACAAAAUGCUGUUAGUGCAGUUAGGUAAUGAUCUGCCCAACUGAUGCAAUUUUAUAUUAUAACAUUCCUUCUAUCUAAGAAUAUUUUACCUGGGUUACUUCAGCAUUGUGAAUUAAAGUUUAGUGUAAUGCAUACAUUUUUGUAGUAAUAAUACCCAUGUUCAUAAGUAUGUUAAACUGAUCUUGCAUCACAACUGUUCCUGUAAUUAAACCUGUAUAUUUUUAUUACUGUA